GCGGCCGCCGCAGGAGCCGCGGAGCAGCCGCCAUGGUCUCCUGGAUCAUCUCGCGGCUCGUGGUGCUGCUCUUCGGCACCCUAUACCCCGCGUACUCCUCCUACAAGGCCGUGAAGACGAAGAACGUGAAGGAAUAUAUCUUCCAUGAAGAUGAGCAGCACAGAUCUCAACACCGAUUCCUGUGGGAUGCCACUGGUGAAGUGGAUGAUGUAUUGGAUUGUGUUUGCCUUUUUCACCACUGCAGAAACACUCACAGACAUUAUUCUUUCUUGGGCUGAGAGAUGCCCUGUUUAUGGAGUUUUCAUGGCUAUGGAUGAAAGACUAAAUGAGACUCGAAAAAGGUUUCCCUUUUAUUUUGAGCUGAAAAUCGCAUUUGUGAUUUGGCUGCUAUCCCCUUACACCAAGGGCUCCAGUGUCCUCUACAGGAAGUUUGUGCACCCAACGCUCUCCAAUAAGGAGAAGGAAAUUGAUGAGUACAUUACUCAGGCUCGUGACAAGAGCUAUGAAACCAUGAUGCGAGUUGGCAAGAGAGGGUUAAACCUUGCUGCCAAUGCAGCAGUUACUGCAGCUGCAAAGGGCCAGGGAGUUUUGUCCGAGAAGCUGCGAAGUUUCAGCAUGCAGGAUCUCACUCUGAUCCGGGAUGAAGAUGCUGUGCAUAUGCGAAGCCAUGAGCCGCAGCUGCACCCCUCUGGUGGGUGUCUUCUAGAAACCAUUGAGGAUUCAGCUUCCUGUUACUCUUCAGGAGAGGAGAGCAGUGUGGCACAGAGGUCUAAUGGAACUCCAUCAGAGACUAGAACAGACCCAUCAGAUGAAGAUGUAGGAGAUAAACUUCCUAAACGUAGCCAGAGUCUUAAAACUCCUAAGAAGAUAGCGAAAGCUGAGCUUCCAGUAAGAAGUGUGAAAACCCGCCCUAAGAAGAAAGCUGUAGGCUCUCUUGCUUCUGGCGAGUCAUCCUAAGGAGACCUCCCCCUCCCCAGCACCUGUCUCUGUCCUGGGAUUUGCCUGUCACUUUUGAGGGGAAGCUCCCCAAUAGAAGGGAGCCGAGAUUCAUGUACAUAACAGAUACUGCUUUGUAGAGCUCAUUCCAAGGCAAUGGGGAGUCUGGGAUUCAGAAAAUGGAGUAGAGGAUAUGCAUCCUUUUCAUCGCUCUUUUGGAGGGAAUGCUGAUAUGUCUGUACAUAGCCUGUUGCUUUGGAAUUCCUACUGUAUAGCCCUAGUUGGGAAGAAUCUUUGAACUGACUAGGGUUAGAGACAUCCAUUGCACAGAAGUUGGAAAACUGUUAGACACUGGGGUACCUCAGGGGUGGAUGGCACCCUAAAAUGUCAUGUCUUGCUCUGGGUAUUCUUUUGCAGCUGUGUGUUGUUAAGAAGUGCCCACCGCGAUUCAUCCUCCUUAAGAAUGGACCAUACCUGUCAUGUCCAUCCCCUUUGAGAAGGUGACUGAGAUGAUGUAUGCCAAGUGCUUUUGAACAUAGAGGACCAGCUUGUGGGAGGAGUGUGCUAGAUUUACGUUACUGGUGCUAGAAGAUGAAGAUUGGGUUUUGGUUUAUUUUAUUUUCUUUGUGGAAGGUGAAGAGAGGUAAUUGAGAAGCUGAGUAUUGAAGAAAAUAUGUAUAUGCACAUGUGGUGGAGUAGGUACAGAUGUGUAAGAGUUAUUGAGAAGGAAGGUUGGGCAUCCAUAAGACUUUUGCUCUUUUUGAAGCUGCUUGAAUUUUAUUUCAGGUUCUGUUGUUCGCUUUGAUUCCUGUGAGAGCAUCAGAGUGAGGCAAAUCCCAUGUAGUGAGAGAAGUUGGCAGGGAGACUGUUGCUUUGACAUUUAGUGGUUGGACUCCCAUGUCAUCCUGAUGCUUGUUACUAAGACAAAUUCUUUCGUUCUAGCAGAUGACUGGGGAGAAUCUGGCUCAAUAUAGUCUGUGAGCAUACUUGAGAAUUUCAGAAGCCCUUACCUUUCAUCUUUAGGAGAUCCAGUCCUCAGGGCAUGAGAACUGAUAAAUAGCUGAUGUGUGAAUUUCAUAAAUACCAGGAUUCCAUUUACAUGGGAUAAAAAGCAGGGAAUAGGACACAAUACUGUGAUUAAUGUCCUCUUGCUUCAUCCUGCUGCAGUCCUUGCACAAAUUUUCUGUCUGACCACAUGACAUGUUUGUCAAUGUCCUGAGACGUGAGCAAUAUGGAACACUUGGGACAAAACUACACUGAAUGUAGAAUAUGUAUAGUGGGAAUGAAAUUGCAGCUCUGCAGAGAAAAUUUGCAUCAUGCCAAGCCAUAGUGGAUUCUAAUCGUUUGAACAUUAAGGGGAGAAUCCCUGUACACACACCAACAGUCAGUGGGAAUUUAAGUAGAUUUCCCGUUGUUGAGAUCUAUGAUGGAGGAGCACAUGGUUGUCUGAAUGAAUACCUGAUAGUCCUACUCUUUACUGAAACUGGUCAUCAAAGGAACUUGUCUCCUCUUUCCCUGCUCAAGACCAUUCUUAGCGCCAGGUGCAGACAUUUGUGUUUGCUCGUGUCUGUUGCUGUCAUAUUUUGGAAAUUACAGUGGAUUCAUCAGGGAGCCCAGUAUUUGCUCUUGGCAGUGUAUAGAAGCACUUCUGCAAAUAACAUUCCACAAGUAUUUCUGUCGUAAAGCAUAGUCCUUCAGAAGUUUGUAAAGCUGAAGAUCAGGACUGAUUUUUUUCUUGUUUCCUGUUGUCUUGAUGGCAAAUUGUUACGAAUUAACUAAAGAAACUUACAUCUUCUCAGAAAUACUUGCCCUAAAUUAUCCAAAAGACCUUUUCCAGAAGCCAGUGGAAUUUUUUUUAUUCAGGUUUUAGUUUCACAAAAAAAAACCCCACCAAAAUAUUCUGUUCUUUUUAGUUUGUUAGCAAAUAUUGUAUAUGUGUCUCAUGAGUAUGUGCAAAGGUGUGUCCUGGAGCAGGAAUUCUUUCUGUUUCCAAAGGAAAUUCCUCUCCCCAUACAAGGGAUAAAAAUCUGUACUGCUGUGAGGAGUUGCUAUCCUAGUUUUUACUGUACUGAACAAGAUACAAGCAUUAUUCUCAAAAUAUCAAGUAUGUCAUUUCCGUGACCACAUUUCUUGAAUUUUUAUUUUUCUUUUAUAGCUAAAAAUUUCCUAGUGAAUUAUUUAUGUAAAACAUUGUGAGGCACUUGGUUUGGAAACCAAGGAUUAGUUAGUCUCCUCUUAUGUUGAUCUGCAUGCCAUUUCCUUGUGCAUGCAUUUAGACAGUCUCGGAUUACUUGGGUUUUCAUACAGUGGCUUUCCCAAAUGUUUUCUAAAAUUGGUUCAUUUGUUGUAACUCUUCCUGCUUUGAAGCAGAGGAAGGAUUUCUCAAGACUCAGGUUUGGCGUUUGGAUUUAACUUUGUCUUCCUGAGCUAGGUCCUGUGCUGAGUAUCUUUUACUUAGCAUUGAUGCUCCGUAUCAUUAGCCUAUGAGUAAGUAUGGAUCAGUCUUACUCUGACUUUUUUUGUACAGGGGGAUUAAGUGACUUCUAGUUGUAACAGAUUCUGAGUUAGGGGCUAUCAUCUAGUGUGUGAUUUGAAGAUGAUGACUUUAUGCAGCUGAACUUAACCAGAGCGAGAACAAUGUCUUAGCAGGGAUGCUAUUUCCUUCUCCCAGUACAAAUGUGGCUGCUAGAUUUGUGCUUUGCUUGAUCAGAGCCUCUGCAGAUCUACUGCCACUCACCUGACCUCUUACGGAGUUUCUGGAUCGAGCUCUGCAUUGGGUGGCAUGGUCUUGCAUAGAAAUUCUCUUGUUAAUGAGAAAGCUGAAUGUGCCGUUUUGAUAAAAUGCUUUUAUCAGCUGUUGUUUAGUGUUUUCGGCAGGAAAUGCUGGGAUGUAGUUUCUCCUCUGUAUCAUCUGUGGGCUUCAUUGUGCAAUUAAGCAAACUGUUAAAUCUUCACCUAGCAGUAGAACUCAUUGUGUUCAGUAUGUGUUCAUACCGCUUUCCUAAUAUGCCUGAGCACAAAGAGAAACACAGUAAGAUAAAAUGGUACCUGAAGUUGAUGGGGUAGAGUGGUUCAUAUAUGUUGACCUGUGCCUAAAAAUUGUCCUAAAAUACUAGUACCACAGGAUACAAAGUGAAGCCAUGACUGCCUUUGGAAAGAAAUGUACCUCCAUGUUUUAAAAUACUGAGAGUCAGUGUUCUGCUGUUAGAAAGGAAAAUGGUGAAAUGAGGUUUCCCUUCUGAGAAACGUAAUGAUUUGCUGCAUAUAAGGGAGAAAUUUCUUUUGCUUGGCAGAAUCCUCCAUAGAGCAUAAGAAAUGGGAAAAUAUAGAAAAUAUACUGUUAGGUUUUAAACACUACACUUCAACUAAAUAUCUUAAUUUCUUACUUUUCUUUAUUGAGUUUCUGAUUCUCCAGCCUUACAUUUCAGAGUCUGCAGGACUGAUUUCUUUUAGACUAUGUUAACUUCCUUUUUAGGUAGAGGUUGCAUUAAGAGAGAGAGAUACUGGUGUUCUUAAAAUUGCAAAGCUUGUUCUGGGUAAGCUAUGACUUCCCCAGUUUGGUGAGUCGACUUCAAUUCAUUAUCAUUUUGCAGUGAUGGGUUUUCUUUUUUUAUGUCCCUCUUGAAAGUACAACUCCCUCACAAUAUACAGCCAGGUCAUUUCUGCCUUGAAGAGCAAGAUUUCUAGAGAACCUUGACUUCCCAGAAAUUGUUUAUUCUUUGCCAUCUUAAUCAGCAGGAAAUAUAGUGCCUUAGGAGGAACAUGGAGUAACUGUGGAAUACUCUGCUGGUUCUCUGAUCUGCACAUAGCAUUGCAUUGAGGAGGCUUAUGUAUUAACUGUGAAGUGUCACUGUUUGCUUGAGGGCAGAUGUGGAAUUGAGCAGAGUUUUCCUAUGUGUCUUCCAAACUUGCAUGUAAUGCUGGAAAGUGGCUUAUUGCCUAAGAGAGAAAUCUAGGGGGGGUAAAAAAAUAAGUAUUCUUUACCCUUCUUUCUGAUGGGGACAGUGUAUUGUCACGUUACUCUGCUACUUGCUGGGGAGAUGCUGAAUCACAUUUCUCUGUGUAACUGGUUAGUACUGCAGCUUUUCUGGCCUUACCCUCUAAGAAUGUCAUGUGCCACUUGGCUGAAGCAUCUUGUGGUGCUGUUUGGUGAGUUGACCUGUAAAGUCAGAUAUGUGGAAAACCAGCAAAGUAUUGCAAAGCUUUACAAGCCCGUGGGAUCUUAGUUGUUGGAGUUGGAAGAGACCUCUGGAGGUGAUCUGGUUCAACCUCCCUGUUCAAGCAGGGCCACCUAGAGCCAGUUGCCCAAGAGUUCCUCUGUGCAGUGUGUGGUCUGGAGCCUGCUGAAUUCGAUGUUUAAGAGCCUAUAUGGGCAGAAAUGCAUAUGUUGUGUGGGGGUGUGCUUUAGUGUUAGCAAAAGAAAGGAUUCUUGGUCACCUUUAAUCUGGAAUUUGGCACUAUUACAAGACACUGCAAACAUAACUCAGUCUUAUGUUAUUUAUAGGUGGUGUUAAGAAGCCUAGAGACUUCAGAAGAGAUCUUGAGGUGUGCAGAGUAGUAACUUGUGAGAACAGUUUGUUUGAACAGUAUAUGAACUGUUAUAGCAGCUGAGAACCUGUCUUGUGAGAUAGAAUUAAGUGGAAAAUGGGCUGUGUACAAUACAGAGUUGUGCAGGAAACACUGCUGACUUUCUGGUCCUCAAGCAAUACUUAAACUCUGCUCCCUACAGAUCAGAGCUUGAUUUUUUUCUUACAGCGCCGCUUUCUGUGUCUUAUCUUUCUAAGUCAGGCUUGAGCUACAUGCCUAGAGAUUCUUGAACCUUUCAUCACUUCAGAACAAUAACAUUUGAAUUUUACCUCAGCAGGCAGCUAAUCUGCAGGGAGGACUAGAUGAAUAUCAAGUAUCUCACAUCACCUUAUAGUAAACGUGUUAUGCUGGGGAAGCACCAGCAGGAAGCUGCAGAGGAUUCCUUCAUCUGUGAAAUUGCCCAUCCUCCCAAAGCCCACAUUUUUGGAUGAACCAAAUGCUGGACUUAGCUGUGUAUAAGAGUGUAGCUAUCUGUAGAAUUCUAUGUCAGAAUUGCCAGUGUUCUAUUUCUGGUGAAAACUGGAAUCAAAACAAUAUGAAGUGAAAAGAAACAGUGGCAAAUUGGUGGGUUUUUUCCUGCAGUUUUGCAGGUAGAUUUAGGUCUUUGCUGCUUUUUUGCUUAUAACCUUUCCAUGAACCCCUUGCCAAAAAACCUGUUACUUUCGUGCUGUGUUUCUCCGUUCGUAUCUUUUCCUGACCCAAUUAUGUUUCUUAUUUUUUCUCUUAUAAAGCAAGGGACUGUUUCCGUUUUGCUGACUUUGGUAGCAUGAAAAUUUUACUGUAUUCUAGAGAUGAAAUUUAGCCUGUUUCCAAUAUUUAAUCCUAUGACCUAGAGUCGUAAAAUGAUUUACAUAACAAGGCCUAAGACUGGAGUCCCAGGCUGAAUCUUUGCCAAUAAUUGCCAAUAAUGUAGUUUGACAUAUUUCCCUUUUGUUGCCGUGGAUUCUAUCGGGAAUAUUCUUUAUGCAGAUGCUUUGGACAAGAGCGUUCUGUCUGCUUUUAGCCAAAUGAUGUUAGAAGUAACGUUUGUGGGAAGACUGCAAAAGUGAGUGAAUUCUAAGGGAGCAGAAGUUCUAAGUCUUCUGUAAUAUAAAACUGCCUGAGGCUACCUGAAAUAUUUGUGGCAGCAGCAGAAAUGCAUUGCUAUGCUGCCUUAUCGAAGAUAGAGGAUUCAGUCGUGUUCUUUGCAGCGGGUCAGGGAGGAGAGUCAGGCAGCAAAGCAAGCUUUUAAUUUUUUUGCAUGGAAGGGAACUAAGUUUUUAUUGUAACUAAUACUUAGUAACUUACCAAAGAGAAAGCAAGUUGAAUUUUUUUGAGACUUUAUAAAAUUAGGAGGUAAAUUAUCCUGAUUGUCAAACCUAGUAUUGAAUACAAACCUUUUGUAUUCAUGCUGCCACCUUUUUGGGGAAAGCACUGAUUUGAUGGCCUCCUCACUUUUGAUUCCUCUGUUAGGUUAUUUCUGAGAUGUUGUGGACGGCAUAUAGAGAUGAAUUAAAUUUUCAUUUUGACGUGUGACCAUGAAUUCAUGUCUAAAUUCAGGCAUGCUGAACUACGUAUGAGAUGGUGCUGGUUCAGUGAAAGCCCAUUAAGAAAAUGGAGAAGCUGGAGACAGAUCUAGCCAGGUGAAGAAGACUGGGGACCUUCGUUGAAGUGCAGAAAUUUGAGGCUGCAUAGCAAUGUUUGGUUUAGAUUCAAGGUUUUCAUGACAAAGUUCCUGUUAGCACGGUAAGGCAUAGGGAGGGUUGUGAAUUCCUUUUUGUCCACCAGAGGGUAUAAGCAUAACAUACAGUUGAUGAAAGUGAGUAAGCAGAGACUUCUCUGACAACAGCUGGAUUAUGACAGGUUGAACAUCAAUAUUUCCUAUGUAUGAAAGUCCUGCUUUGAAAGGCAGGGAGGGAACAAACUGGAGCUCUAAUGGAGAAAUAUGAAGUAAUACUGCAGUUAACCCCUGACUAAAAGGAUAUAUAAAUUUGCUGGGCUUUCUAGUCAAGCCACUUUCCAGUAUGGCUUGCUGAGACAUUAGAGUUAGAGAAUAAUUGUCCUCAAAUCUUUCCAUCAUUCAUUCAAAACAUUUUCUAGCUGCAGGAAGCAGGUCUAAAUGGCAAUGUUUGUGAUUUAUUUCUCCACGGCCCUUUAACAAUUAAUCAGUUUCUGCAUGUUUGUGUACUUCCAUAGGAUUGUCCUAAUUUAUAUUCUGAUUUUUAUAGUAUUUCUUGGUAAGAAUUAGUAGUUUCUUUUAAUUGGAUCUGUAUUCUGUGGAAAUAGAAGCAAUUUUAAUGUAAAAAUACAGAUGUAUUUAAUGGUUACUAUGGUAAUUUGUGACCAUGGCAACAGAGUUAGCAGUCUGAAAAACAGACUGUUUGGAGGUUUGGUUUUUUUUGUUAACCAUACAGGAUCAUAUGGUGAUUUUGACAUUGUCUUACGUAAGAUUCUUAUAGAAAAGCUGAUGAAGUAUGGGCUGGAUAUAAGCAGACAGUGAGGCACAUUAAAAAGUGGUUGAAUGGCCAGGCCCAGAGCACAUUGGUCAGCCCCAGGAUGUCUAGUUGGAGGCCAGCAACUAGCAGUGGAGGCCAGCAGCUAGCAGCAUAUCCCAGGGCUCAGCACUGGGUCUAGUCCUGUUUAACACCUUUAUUAAUGAGCUGGAUGAUGGGGCAGAGCAUACCCUCAAGUAAGUUUGCUGGUAACACAAAACUGGGAGGAGUGGCUGAUGUGCCAGAAGGCUGUGCAGGAAGCAGAAAGAGGUAUAUAGAGUAUCUCACCUUGCUUCUCAAAAAUACCUGAGAAUCCUAAUAGGAACAUAAUGCGACAGUCCGAGAUUCUUUCUGAUGUUGAGAAUGGAGGUUUUAUAUGCAAGAUCACAGGUGGAGACUUGCAGACUAAAGAAGGGUCCAGGAUGUACCAGGAGGUUACUGUAGGAAAGAGAAAUAGAAUUUAGAAUAGAGUUUAUUGUCAGGCUUUCUUAAAAAAAAAAAAAAAAAAAAAAAAAAAAAAGAAAGCUGUGUUUCUGUUCUACUUUUCCCAUCAUAUGAUCAGAGUUAGUUGAAGAACGUGAUACUUUCGGGCACAUGCUGAAUCUCAGCUACAAGUUGUGGAUUGCCCUGGCAUAGUUGAGACCCUAAGAGCAUCUAUUGUAUUAUAGGAAGCAGUAAUGAUUUAAGGUGUUUCAUUUGUAAGAAAAUAAUAUAUUAUUAAGGGAUGUAGGAAUGGGCUCUCAUGACUAAGCCUGUAUUUGGCGAAUGGCCAUCUCUACCACCAUGGAGCUGAUGUAAAGGCCCUCUACUAGCAACAUUCAGUGUCAGUUUUUAAGGAAAUGCGCUGGAUAUAAGUUUAGUCAAAGCCAAAUCACAGAGUUUUCCAAACUUUCAGUUUUUCCUAGGCCCUGUUGGGGAAUCUAGCAACUGAAUGGAAAUCACAGUGUUGCCACAAUCGCUUGCUAAUUUGAGGCAAUGGAUAGUUUGAAUUAAACAGAAUCAUAACUGCACUGAAAAGCCAGUUUUUGUAAAAGCCAGCUGUUGUAACCAUUCUGUAUUUGCUACAAGAACAUAGUAACUGAUAGUGGAACCACUUGUGGUGCUCAGAGGUGAUUACCUCAGAAGAGAGAAACAGGGAAAAGGUCUGCCCAACCAAAACUGGUUCAGCUAGUCCAGUCCCCUGUCCCUGCUGCUCAGUCUGUUUGAUGACCAGUGUGCAAUCUGGAAUUAACACAUGCAUUGGAACAGCCUGACACUGUCACCUUUUUACCCAUGCUCUGAAGCACAGUGAUGUUAAAUGAGCGGGUUGCUGGGGGCUUUGAGGGAGAGCAAGUUGUUUGAAUUCUUUCACUAGUUUUUUUGUAGUCUUGAAAAGUUUGGCUGCUUGCUUCAGCAUAGUGACUUAAAUGUAGAUACCCUAAGGCAUCCUGAUCUCAUGUUGUGCUUGCUUUGUUACCCAGACUUUUUCUAGGUAUCUUUUUACAUUCUCUUUUCUGAAGACCACUAAAGAAAACUGUGUUAUCACUUUGAUAUAUUGUUCUUUUGCUCUCGUUUAUUUUUUUGUAUUUCAAAGAACCCCUUGUUUUUCUUCCAUUUCUCUCCAGAGUAUGAUACAAAAGGUUUUGUCAAUGCAGAUGUGCUUUCAUUCCACAGAGUGGCAGCUAAUCCUUAUUUCCUUUCUUGGUUAUUUUGACAUUUCUGCUAGAAGGAGCCUUCCUGGCCAAGCUUCCCUCGAGGCGUAAGGGUCAUGAACCUGUAAAUACAGCCCUUCUGUUGGGGUUAAAGAGUAUUUGGAAAACUUACUGUAUUGUGUCUGUUCAGGCUGUAUCAACCUGCUGAGAUUGUAGUCAUUCAAGGACGAGGUUUUUAAUGUUGCAUAUUGCUACUCUUUUAUGUGUGUCUCUCUUCUAAAUGGUGCUCCAAGCAUAAUGCAAGUAUACGGUGGCACCUCUAGAUAAAAGUUGCUUUGAUAGAGGCUUAGUUAUUGAUGUGGGUGGGGUAGAGAGGUUCUGGAAGUAAUUUAUUCAGUUUUUACUUCUAGUUUAUUUUGAGAGAUAAGUGUCUCUGAUAAAUUGAGUUGAAAUAUCCAUGUGUCAUUAGAAUAGGUUUAUAGGUUUAUGAGUUGCAGCUAUAGGUUUUGGUUCUUUGCUAUUGAGUUUGCAUAGUUUCGUCCCACACUGUACCCCCGUUUGCAAUUAUUGAAGCCUGUGAAUAUUUUUCUUUAAAAAGCCGCUGUUUUAUCUUCUCAAACUGUAUUCCUAAAUUGUUCUAAUUUUUCUCCAUGUCUGUCUUAUGUGUUUAGUCUUCUGCCUUUCCCCUUUCCACUGUUGAAUAAAGAUAUGAAAAUUGAUACAGAGUCCUGCUAUUUCUGCCAGGUCAAAAUCAAGGCAAGUUUUGCGAACCUGAUUUGUCCUGGCUUUGUUUCCUCACUUAGGUGUUGCCUCACAAUUAGGUUGUGUUCACUUCCUGGCUGUUAACUGAGAACUUGGAUUCGUAUCACAAGUGUAUUUAUUAAGUGGCAGUUUUGCUCCUGCAGACACGAGUCACCAUAGAAUCAGUUACUAUUACUGUUACAGCUCUAGGAGACCUACCACACUCACAACUGCAGACUAAUUAUAGGGAAGAUGGGGAGAGGGGAAGAAUUUAUUUGUGCAAAGUUAGAGAAUCGUGAAUAUCUGUUUCUGGGUGCAUGUGUAGAGGCAUGAAGUAGUAAAUAGUACAUAACUGCUAUACAUGGGCACAGAACACUAGAUAGGUGAGGAAAUCAUUGUAGUCUUGUUAGGCAGGUAGCAAGAACUCAGCUUGUUUACUGGAAAGCCUGUGGUGUAGACAACAGAUGCAGAGAGGGUGUGAAAUUACAAAAAAAAAAAAUGAGCCAUGAGAAGGAUUUUCUGCAGUUAUAAUCAACAGUAGGUCCUUGACAGGCUCUGCUGAUGAGUAACGUGGGUAGUCAGGGCUAGUAGUUGUAGUGACUGGAGUAAGAGAGGAAUUAAGGUAGCAGGGUUCUACUGGCAUCUUUCUAUUUGGUGUUUUGAAUAGUACUGAAGUCUUGAGUUGAGGGACUGUGGUCUCCAAAUGGAAAUUGGUAACAACAGUGAUCCACUAAGUCUCUAAUUUUUAUUGAGGUGAAAGCCUUGUCAACUAUGAAAUUCAGCAUAGCUUUUUUGGGUUUUUUUUUUUAUUCUCCCUGAGUGUAGUUGUCCUUUGGGAUUCUCAUGUAGGUGGAGCCUUUCUCUUUUCCUGCUCCUUACUGUCAAGUUUUCCUGCCAAUGCUAUGAAUGGCAAACCUGCCAGCCUUCCACCUCCAUGAAUGCCAAGAUGAAGGAGGCAGAUUUGCUGCUGCUUCUGUUUCAGCCAGCUCACAGUUGGCGUUACCAUCCCCAGCAGUCAGAAGCUGAAAUGUUUAUGUAGCAAAUAGAAGGCGUUUGUCUACAUUUCUGGGCAUAUACAAAAAAUAUUAUGCGGUUAUUUUGCUCUCUGUAUGUGUCUGUGACAUUUCAUAUUCCCACUUUUACCAGAGGACAAGUAUAUAUUCAUGUGUUUGUUGUACACUCAAAUACAGUACAACAGCACUUGACCUAUACAGAAUGAUUACAGGAGCAGUUAAUGAGUUGCACAGGUUAGGACUUGGAGUUUGCACUGGCAGCUCUUGAGUUUCAACCUCUUCUCUUAGGCUAGCAGGCUUGAGUAUAAAGUACCACUGAAUUUGUGAGUUGUAAGGUAAUAGGUUAGAGAUGACUGGGAAGCAGCUUAGUCUGCUAGUAUGACGAUGGAAAUAAUCCUUUUGGAUCGCAGAGAUUAUUAUCUAGUCAGGAGCAUUUGUCCUGUUUUAUGAUGUUGACUUGCUAGAGCUGUCACUAUUUAAUUGUGUGGAUAACCAUGAGGUUUUGGAACCAUCCUAUGCAUUCAGUAGGAGAUCUAUGCAGUUCUCAUCAGCAUGACUUCCCAUGGAAUGAGUACAAUUACCUGUCUUGAGCUGGCGGGCUUUUUUUCUGCCAGCUGAAGAGAAGAUUGUGUUCUUCCUGGUAUAUAGGAACCAUUAGAAUUGUUUCUAAAUCAUAGAUGCCAUUUGGCUACAUAAGACAGGGAUCAAAAUGAAAACAAGGAUACAAAGCAAUUAAGUGUCUCAAGCAUAUGAUGUAUUUGUAUUUGUGCUUCUGCCUUUGAUUUGGCAUGUGAAACCAGGCUUCAUGUUCUUUCUAAUGGGCCAUGCUACAGACAAUGAACAGCGAAACACUAUUUCAUUUUAGAGCCUCUUAUUCUGGUGACUAUAAGUGGUAGUAUUGGAUUACAACAGCAUAUCCAUGGUGUUCUGGUUUUAGCCUUGAAAUUGUGUUUUAAUUGUUAUAUUUCAUGUAAUUGUGCCCAGAUAUUGGCUGUUUUUUUUCUAAUCUGGUUUGGUUUGCUCAUAUGUUCUUUAUGAGACACUUUCCUUGGACGAUGCUACGUGGCUGAAAAGACCCUUUUGAAAUGGGUACAUGUAAAGAAAAGGAUGAGAGAUGAAGAGUUAUUUCAGGGAAUGUCUGUUUAUACACUCCAAACAGCUUUUGUACAUGUUUGUGUAUUAGCAAGGUACAGGUGAAGGAAGCCAAAACUUCCAGCUCCUUAGCACCAAAAAAUAUUGUCACUCUUAAGUGCCAAGAAAGCUGGAACAGUAAAACAUAUGCUAACAAUGACUGAACAAACACGACUUUUUAGUUAAAACUUUGUUUACAUAAUCAGAAAAAAUUCUUUAGCACACAAACUAAAUAGCUGAUUAUACGCAUUGUACCAGUUUUCUUGAUAGACAAUACAGGAGCAAUGCAGUUCCGGUAGGAAUGCAGACUUGCUGGUGCUAUAGCACUUCUGCCAUCAUCAUAGUAAAAGAGUGCAAAUGCUGCCAUACUUGGCUGGCAGAAAAAGCAGUCAUAACCCUAACUGAUUUUUACAGAAUUUAAUAUUGUAUGUUCUAGCAGUGGAAUAGAAACCACCAAAUUAGUUUGGAUUCUUUUCAGAAAAUAAGCUAACUCAAUGUGCCAGGAUUUAUGGUAAAUUUCCAUGCAACAAGAAAGCAUAAGACAGAAGCAGAGAAAGAAGACUUUAUCAAUCCACAGGUAGGGACAGCAAAGCCAGUGACUAAGAGGGUGAAUGAAGUCACUGUACACAGAGGUUACACAUCUGUGGUAGAAGGAAACACCCACCCUGAAGAACUAACUCAAAGGAAGAUGUUAAACACAGACAAUUAGAACUAUGAAGUUUGGAAUAUUCUGGCCUGUUUAGAACUCCUCAAAAUAGAGGAAGAAAGAUGUAGUUGAAAACAUUGUUUAGUUUUAAAUUAUUCAUUUGAUCCUAAUUUGAUACUGACAUUCCUAUAGUGCGUGCAUCUCAACUAUGCAUCUUGGAUGGUUUUGUGGACAAGAUGGUAUUUUACUAAACUUUACAUACCUAAACCUUUAAAUGUCAUCUUCUAAAAUACACUCUGAUCUAAAUUUAGUGUGUUUUUCCUGAAUCCUUUUUUGUGUUCAGUAAUGAACACAGACUCCUUAAAAGUAGAAUGACCUUCUCCCCACGUGAGGUUAUGCAAAUGAAAAUCAUAUACAUUGAUCUUUUCUUGCUGCCAUAAUAUAUAUCAAAUAUUGACCCAAGAAUUUCUUACUAUUCAGUGAAACUUGUCUAUAGUUCUUUCCAGAUGAUUAAAGACAUAAUUUCUUCUUGGAAGAUACUCCUUUUGAGUUGCUUUUUGUUACUUUCCCUUGUCCCUCUUUUUUUUUUUUUUUUUUGUUUAGAUUCAUUUAUUGCCAUAAUUUUCUUUUGACCCUCUGAUUAUAUCAUCCUGUAUACCUGAAAUUAAAAGGAAUUUAGGUGUGAGAUAUUGUAGAUUCUUUUGGUUUUUAUAUCUAUGUUCAGCAGCUUUACAAUGCAUCUUGUGUUAUUAGUGGAUUUAAUGUAUCAUUCACUAAUGACUCUGAAGUGUAUCAGGUUGUAAAGUAUUCCACUCGGUUCCUUUUCAACAACGCUUCUGUUAUCUUUGCAGGUCCUUCUCAGCAUAGUUGUUAUCUUGGAAAGUUAAAAAUCUGGAUAUAUAAUUAAAUGUGGUACAAGUUAUUAAUAAAAUUGUUCUGUUUCUUUCCACCUGAAAUUGCCUGUGAGGGAACUUAAAGUAUAUAAUUUCAUGUCACAUAUAAUAUGUGUACAAUGCAUUUACCCAGCAUUCCCCAAAAUAAUUUUCUUUAAUGCAGUGGGUUCUUACAACGUGAAUAGAGCUUAGAAGUCAAUACCAUGUCUUCCUCAGUGUCUGAGUGUGCUAGUGGCUUCUCUCACGCAGUAAAUUCUGUCCAUUUGUUCUGUUUGCCUAUAUUGAAUGCAGACUCCCUCUUUCUAGUUACUGUCAUAAAUAAAUGUUUAAAAUAGGUUUACAAAGAAAUAGCUCACGUGGGGAGAAUGUUUGCAAGGUCCUUGACUGCUUCUUACCAGGAUUUCACUUGUCUUUGUCCCUGUGGAGGAUUACUUGUAGCAGAAUUGCUUGCACACGGGACGCAGAUAGGUGAGUACCUUCCUAUCUGUGGGCCUGUGAGAAGAGUUGCUGGAUUUUGAGAGGUGUGAUGAGGCAUUCAUUUUCUUUACAUGAGUCUUUUCCCUUAAAUACGGUGAGGCAAAUCUUGAGACUCUGCAGUGUUGUGAAAACCAAAAUUAGUCUGUGGUCUUACAUUUGGUUUGAGACUUCCAGUACUUUCACGUCUGUUUUGCCUAUUACUAGCCCUGUUCUAAAUACAGCUUUUUCCUUGAUCUCUUUCGUGAAACUAUGACAAACACUGAACAAAUUUUAUCAGCUUGACCUUGCAGAGAUCUUAAUUGCAUACUCCUUUAGCUACAGUGUUACUCACUAUGCACCUUAAAAUUUGGCAUUAUUUUUUUCUAGUUGCAGAAAAGAAGAAAAUUAAACAUGGGAGAUAUAUUGGGAGAUAUAUUUCAUGCUGCUCUUGAAAAUGCAGCUUCCUUCUCUCUAGUCAUCUGUCUAAUACAUUGUGCUGUGAAAUUUCCAUCCUUUCCCUUGCUACUGCACACAAAGCAAUUAUUUUUAGUUUAGUUUGACAGGCUGGUAAAAGGAAGCUAUUUGAGAAGUGAGGAGAGCUGAAGUUUUGUAGAAAUUCCAGGCAGCUCUGCACUGAAUCAUCAGUCCCAAGAGCAUGGAGACAUUCCAUAGAAAUGUCACACAGACCUUCUGGCAUAUUAAUUGGGAAGCAGCAAUGAACCUUCAGUCAGGUUGAUUUUCUAGUUCUUGCAUAGCUUGGGAUAAAAACUCAUAGCAUCCAGCGAUGGAACAGUUCAGGCAAGCCUAAGAUCAAGAUAAUAGUACAAUCCAAAUGGGAUAUUUCAGCCCUGAGGUGGAGGGGAGCCUUGCCUCUACUGCCAUGUUUGUAUUGUGGUUUAGUUUUAUUACAGUCACACUUCUUGCGUUAGCGUUUGCAAGCUGGACUUAGUAAAACCUGUAAGUCUACCACUAAAUAAACUGCUAUAAGACUUUU